CUGUGGGGCUGGGAUGGGGGGUGUCCCUCCCAAACACACACCCCCCCAAUAACCCUCCUGGGGGUCUUGCAGUGAAGCUGAACGGGGGGCGCCACGUCCAGGGCAUCCUGCGGGGCUUUGAUCCCUUCAUGAACCUGGUCAUUGAUGAGUGUGUGGAGAUGGCACCAGGAGGGCAGCAGAACAACAUCGGCAUGGUG